AUGGAAAAACUAUUCAGAAACCGAGAGUUGAAUGUUAGCGUGAGAACUGUUAAGAGUGGUGAGGAGGUACUGUUUUAUGCAAAAGAUGUGGCAGAAUCUCUAGGGUACUCGAACACGAAAAAAGCAAUUAGAAACUAUGUUUGGGAAGAGGAUAAGUGCACUCUAGGGUCAAUCCAAAGGGGUGCCCUCGAGGGACCCCCCUUGAAAGGUCAGCCUGGUUCUAUUUUAAUUACAGAACAGGGUUUGUACCAGUUAAUUUUCGGAUCAGAGCUUAACACAGCAAAGGAGUUUAGGAGGUGGGUAUUUAGUGAAGUCCUCCCAUCUAUACGGAAAACGGGAUCUUAUAACUUACCAGAUAGAAGGGCACUUAGAUACAACCAAAUGAUCCUAUUAAAUGAAACAGACCUCCACCACACAGUCGUGAGUUACAUCAGGGACAACUACCCAGAGGCUGUGGUAAUACCCGGUCUAGGUGAGUAUCAGGACACAUCAUCUAAGAAAUGUGAUGCCUGGAAGAAGGGAUACAAAGGUGGUCAGCCAGAUAUUAUUAUAGAGAAUCCUAUGGGGAAGUACAAAGGAUUUGCAAUUGAAUUCAAGUCUCCAAAAGGCACCGGAGUCGCAAGUGAAAGGCAAGUGUUAUGGUUCCACAAACUUAUAAAGAUAGGUUACAUGGUGAUGGUGUCAGAUGACCUUGUAAAGACUUGCAUUAGAAUCAACGAAUACUUUUCACUUAAGAAGGUCGCAAAGAAGGUCACAGUGAACAACACACAGUGCGCUGUAAGGUUGUACAGACCUAGGUUCAGUUCAGGUAAGUACUAG